ACAAAGCAGGAAGCAGCAAACCGGAAAUAGUUGAGUUAGUAGAAAAAAAACCACGCGCGCUAUGAGACUAUAACUACUGAUAUUAGACAAUUAAUGAGGGUUUGUUACAUUGAUUAUGCGAUAUAAUUCAUAUUAUAAAAGUGCAGCGAUACUUCUUUUGCUAUGGCGCUUUUGUCGGUGUUUUUACAAACGUUUAUUCGAUGUCAAGCAGUUUCGAUUUGUGUGUAAAUAGAACGGAACGCUAUUCAUCAGACGCCUGAUCAAUUUCUACCCCGAUUCGAUCCGCAUUAAUGUGUUGUACAAAAGAAAAGUCAUUACUGACUCAGAUAUGCUUUCGCAAAGCUUCUUAAUUGGAAAUUUGUUUUAUCCGUACAGAACAUUAUGGAACCUACAUCUUGCGAGGAAAAAUUAAAUCUUUCGUCUCAAGAAAGUCAAACAAAGCCUCCAAUGUCUCAAGAGACUUUUGAAAUGCUUUUAAAAUCCGUGAGAGAUAUUAAAGAAACAGGGGAUUUCAUAUAUGAGAAGCAAGUGGACGUUGAGUACGCACACAAUGGUGAAUCCGAUUCGGCGCUAUUGGAGAUUGAACGUUAUCAUAUUCAACCUAGUGUUCAAGCGGAAAUGAUUUCAGAUUAUAAUAUUAUAACUCAGAAACCAACCAGUCCGGAUUCCUACUGUGACCAGAUGUCACCUAAUCUACCCGAAUCUACUCAAAUUCAUAGCUCUCCUAUCAUUCCGUCCAAUGUAUCGUAUGCUGGUGAAUACGAUUUUAAAAUAGGCUUUCAAAAGCAACAGAAAGAUACCAAAUCAAUCACGUGGACAUACUCAGAAACACUGCAUAAGCUUUACGUUCGCAUGGAUUCAGCUUGUCCAGUUAAAUUCAAAACAUCUACAACCCCGCCGUUCAGUUGUUUUAUCAGGGCCAUACCAAUAUACACAAAGCCAGAACAUAUUAGAGAGGUCGUUAAGCGCUGUCCCAACCAUUCGUCAAAGGAAGAUAAGACGAUGACAGCGCCUGAGCAUUUAGUACGAUGUGAACAUAAAACGGCAGAGUAUUUUACUGAUGAAUAUACCUUAAGGCAAAGUGUAACUUUUCCUCAAGAGCAACCUCAACCAGGAGCAGAAUGGGUCACAAAUAUAUUUAGAUUUAUGUGUUUCUCAUCUUGUGUUGGAGGUUUGAAUAGGAGACCAAUUGAACUAGUCUUUACUUUGGAAGAUCGGCAUGGAAAUGUUCUGGGAAGGCAAGCAGUGGAAGUACGAAUUUGUGCCUGUCCUGGACGGGACAGAAAGGCAGAUGAAAAGCAUCAUGUACAAAAUUUGAAAACUCGUAUUGCAUCACCAACAGAGGAUGAGAAACCACAACAAGUAGCUAUUAAUACUGAGAUAACUACCGUUUCCACUAAGCGACAAAAGCUAGAUGAUGAUGAAGUCUUCAACGUUACCGUCAGAGGACGCGAGAAUUACGAAAUCAUUACGCGAAUUAGAGAUUCUCUGGAGUUGGCAUCUAUGAUACCACAACAACAAAAAGAAAAUAUGAAAAAACAAGUUCAGAAACCUGUUCCAGAAGUACCCAGAAAACCGUCCAUUCCACAAAAAAUGAUUUCAAUUCCUACUAAUUUGGGUCAGUUUGGCAUUGGUGACUCGUUUCCUGCAGUUGAGCCGGAAAAAGGUUCAACUACAUCAAGUUCUAUAGCUAUUGAUAAGAAUACUAGCGUCGAAGAUUGGCUAAAGUCGAUUGGAAUGGCUGCUUAUACGGAUAUGUUUCACGCGAAGGGGUUUGAAAUAGUCACUCAAUUGGAAAACUUCUCCAAUAGAAAUUUAAAAGAACUGAAAAUAGGGGAGGCCCAUCAAGAGACUAUUUGGUUAGAGUUAAAUGAACUUCGUAAAAGACUUAGUCAGAAAACUACUCCAGUUCAUAGAGAAUUUAGCGAUUCAGCCUCCUCCUUAACAGGAGGACAUGGGCACAGCUUUACCGUGUCAAAGUAUCGGUUCCAAAGAAUUUUAUCAGUGAAGGGUGACAAUGAUCAUACUUACAGUAACAAAACUUAA